AUGUUCAUCGACGAAAUUACGUUCAAUAAUCUUAAACAAUGUAAUUGUAUCUUAAACGAUAAUAAUCGUAUUUUGGACUUGGUGCUUGUAGAUAAUACUAAUAACGUAAAAGUGGUCCAAGCUUCGCUGCCUUUGUUUGGAUUGGAUUCUCAUUAUCCUGCCCUCGAAAUACUCAUUCACAGUCUGGGCAAAAUAAAACCAUGCAGGCCCAAACGUGUAGCAUCACCAAACUACUCCAAGUGCGACUUUAACGCCACUAACAAAGAACUCACGCAUAUAGUGUGGUCCGAAGUGUGGUCUGAGCUUUAUGACAUAGAUUCCAUAGUUGACAAGUUUUACGACAUAGUUUUGCCCAUAAUUAAGAAGCACACGCCAUAUCGAACACCACAUUCAGAAAAAUGUCCUUAA